CCCCCGGCGGAGGAGGGGGCGCUGACGACGGAGGCUGCCUAUGCCGCCGGCGACGAAGACGACGACCAACCUGAUGCCGAUGGGUCGGCGUUGGCAAGUCAUCGAAGAGCAGUCCUAUUCAAGCAUAGGGCUCUGGACGACUACUUCCAGGGGAAGCUAGUCGAGUGGACGGAGCAAGUGAUGGAGAGAGGCGACGUCAUGCACUCCGCCGCCGUCGUGGCGCCGGAGGCAGACCAGGAGGUCAUCGCUCUCGCACGCAGGGCCUUGGCCCAGGGGCAUCGCAGCGUCUUGGUGGACAUUCCGCAGGUGCACAUGGAUUUCGAGCCGCUGCGGCCCCAGGAGAUCCUCUACUACAUCCUGUGCCAGCUCCAGCAGGAUCGAGCGUCAUCGCCGCCGCAACUCGGGUCGUUAGAAGGAAGCCCAGACACAUUGGUGAAGCAGUAUCUCCUCUACAGAAGCAAACGGGAGAUCAGCCAUGGAAAAGAGAGUCUACUCGGCGAAACUGAGAUCCAGCAGGACAUUCAGAAUGUGAUGGGCAAGCUUGACGAGGUGAAGAGGGGCAUUCAAGAUGAGCAACUUCUGUUGCAGCUGCUGGAAGGGAUCAGGGACGUCAAGGAGCUGGAAGAGAAGCCCAUAUCCGUGCUCUUCGAGCUGCUGGUGCUGCAACAGCAAGCUGCCCGGCGAGACCAAGCGAGGGGCAAAGCCAUGCGCAAACUGGCAGCAUGGCACGCCCACAUCCUCCGGAUAACAGCAGAGAGUCUCAAGAAGUACAUAGAGGCAGAGCAUCUGCCGCAACAGGAGGCGGAGAAGAAGACGGCCAAGAAGUUUGAUUUCUAUGAUGCAAGAUAUGGAUAUGUCAUACACAAGGUGUUUGCAACGAAGGCCAGCAACAGCAAAAGGCGCCAUGGGCAUGUCAAGAUCCAAGGCAUGAUCAGCAAAGUCCCACAAGAUGUUGCCACCGAAACCGAGGAGAAGAUCGAUGAGAUCAAGAAGACGGUCCAAGAGCAGAUGGAAACGGGGUGGAUCGUACGCAAGAUCAUCGAGAAUCACUUCGAGGACGACAAGAGGCCUCUGGUUGUUAUCCUCAGAAUCGGCGACAAGAUCUAUGAAUCCAACUGGGACGAGAAUAGAUACGCUUUCACCCGCCUGGAGAAACAUGUUGCCGGUGUACUGACCGUCACCACCACAAGGAGCACCCAGCAGGCCAAAGAAAGCCUCCGGCAGCAGGAGCUUAUAGACAGCUUCCGACAAGGGGAGCCUCUGGACUAUUCCCUUGCUGGCCUCUACCAUGACAUUGUGCUCCAGUUUACAAGCCAUCUCAUGAGUGAAGACAAGAACGAAGAAUACAGCGAUCCCCAGAUCAUCCGUGACAUCCUGGGGGAGUGCGAGCAGUUCGAGUUCUGCAUGAAGAUCUUGGCGCAUUCUUUCUACGCCAGACCCAAACGGAGCAACCAAGAACUGACCAAGCUGCGCGACAGCCUUCAGGCAGUUUCCCCCAAGUCGUUCGAAGGCGUUGCUGCCAAGAUGCUCAAGUUCUCCUACAAUGACCUGCCCAAAGAGUACAAGUCCUGCUUGCUGUACCUGGCCAUCUUCCCUCCAGGACGCAGCAUCAGGAGGUCGACGCUGGUAGCACGGUGGGUUGUCGAAGGUCUGAUCAACCGGGAUGAUUGGAACGCCGCGGUUCGUCAGUCCGAUCGAUGUUUCGAAGCCCUCAUCGACCGGGGGCUUGUCGAUCCUGCUGAGAUCAGUGGUACCGGGAAGGCCAAGAGCUGCAUCGUGGGCAAUCGGGUUCAUGGAUUCAUUACCAUGAUCGCCAAGAAACAGCACAUAGUGGAGACUCGCCUGUCACAGCACUUGGCCCAGCACUUCUCCAUUUUCAGUGACGUCCGACUCCGCGCCUCCGAGAAGAUCCGAGAUUUCCUGCAAGUUCUCCCCAAACAGUACCACUUUUCCCGGCUCAAGGUGCUAGAUCUAGAAGGCUGCAAGUGUGUUGGUACGAAGAACACGAGUUACCUCAAGGACGUCUGCUGCAACCUGCUACUGCUCAAGUACCUGAACCUAAGGAGCACAAAUGUUACGCAGCUGCCAGGAGAAAUCAACCGCCUCCACGAGCUGGAAGUACUGGAUAUCCGCCACAACAAUGUGCACAAGACUGCAACGAGAUACCUCCGGCUCCUAAAGCUGAAGCGGCUGCUGGCUGGUUGCAUUGACGACCCAACUCUACCAAGUGUCGAGCUUCCUGAAAAGAUUGGGAAAAUGGAAGGCAUGGAGGUAUUGCUUGGUGUCAUGCCGCGUCAUAAGAAAGAUCUGAAAAGAGGAUUUCCUGUAUGCCUGAGGAAGCUUGGUGUGGUUAUCAACAAGGAUAGUUACCUCCAGCCCUUGCUUAAGGCAAUCGAUGACUUGCAUGAGAACCUCCGGUCUCUGUCAAUCACUCUUCCUAUUGUCAGAGGUGAGGCCACGCCACCCAAAAGAAACUCACAACCAUCAGCUCAUAGCCUUGAACGUACGCUGGACCAACUUGAGAGCCUAAGCAUAAGUGGAAUCACACAGAUGGGGUGGCAGCUUCUUCCAUUGCUGACUGAAAAAAGUAAUCAGCUGACAAAGGUGACUCUAAGAAGCACCAUGCUGAAGCAGGACGGUCUGGAGGUCCUCGCCCAUCUGCCAAAACUACACUAUCUCAAGCUCCGGCACGAGGCAUACAAGGACACUGAGCUCACCUUCAAGGAGGACGAAUUCAAAUAUCUCAAGUGCUUUCUUGUUGAGGGUUCCAAUAUGACCCACAUCAUCUUUGCUCAUGGAGCGACCCCUAUGCUUGAGAAGAUGCUUUUGCCCGUCACCGCCAGCCUAAAGCUUUCUGGAGUUGAGAACCUUGAGAAACUGGAGGAGCUUGAGCUCAGAAACAGCACCACCACCACCACCACCACUUCCAUUGACAACAAGAACACGCUGGGUUCAUUGCUUGAGCAGGGUAGGCGAAUAACCAAGGUGACUCUCCGUGGUAAAAUGCUAGAGCAAGAUGAUCUACAAAUCCUUGGCAAGAAGCCAUCCAUACGCUGUUUGGUUCUCUUGGACACGUUCACUGACCAAACGGAGCUUGCCUUCAAAGAAAAUGAGUUCCUAAACCUCGACCUUCUUAUCGUGGAGUGCUCCAAGAAAGCCAAGAUCAGCUUCGCCGCCGGAUCUUGUCCUAAGCUCGAGAAGCUCGUCACCAACAUAGAGUCCCUCUCCGGCAUCGGCAACCUUGUACGAUUGAAGGAGCUCGAGCUCAAGGUCGAGGGUGACUCUGUCCCUGCAGAGGUAAAAGUAGCCGUCAACAGGCUUAAAGAUAGACUCCAUUUUACACACUACAAGUCAGAAAAUCAAGACAAGGAAGAAGGGAACCAAGACGACGAUGUCGGGAAAUCCCCUUCAUCCUUUUGGAAGAACAAGGGUUGGUGCCCAUGUGGUUUGCGUUGCGCGUGCGUCUGAUUACUUGUUGUUGUACAUGUGUGCUCGAGCUUGACGGCAAUGGUUGGUUGUGCCGAUGAUCUGUGUACUGUGUGGCUUUCCUCUGAACCCUUGCGUGCAUGGGUUGAUGUAAUAAGUGCGUAUGCUUGGCUUGUGUGCACAUUUGACUUACUUAUUAAUGUCCCUUGUGCUAUAUUAUAUGGUUGGACUUCAAACUGCAAGAACACAUGACAGGUUCAGAAAGGGAAAAAAAAAGAUUGUAACUUGUCUACUGUGGAACAGGGGAGUAAGAAACAGGAACGAAAGACGGAUGAACUAACUACUCGCCCCCAAUCAAUGAAAGAAGCAAGAACACAGGACGGAUAGAAACCGAAUGAUCUGCACGGACAGCGGCACCGAGCAGUCUUAUUAGGCGUGCGCGGAGGUCGAGACAGUGCGGCGCCACCACCUCCUCUUCCUCCAGCUCGUCCACCGCGGCGGCGUAGCUCAGUAGCGUCCGCCGUCGCCAUCGUCGGAGCCUCGCUACGGCAGAUUCGAGAUUGGGGUAGCUGGGCCUGGGCAACUGGGACAUCGACUCCAUGGGCUGCACGCAGCCGUAAAUGGGCCACCGGACACGAGGGCCAGAAUACUCAAGCAAGCAAGAUAGGCCGACAGUUGGCCGGAGAUGCAUCCUCGUCGUCAGCCAUCACGGGCUGAGCAUUUUAUUUCUCAGUGACAGUGAGCGAUUCAUGCGUGGUGUUGGCUGCUGCGAUUGCCGCCGCCGACCACGACGACGGCUCGGAGGAAGCCCUGGGAGCUGUGUGACUCUCUCUCGCUGUCACUCUCGUCAAGCAGACGAGCCAGCAAGCGGCGACCACGUCCAAAACGGCAUGUGACGAGGCCUGCGUGGCACGCGCGUGCAUGUCGGCAUGUGGCGCCGGCACGCCGCCACAAAUACCGACCAGCCACGCGUUCCUUGCGGACGCUUCGCUGCAGGAUAAACAAGAUCCUGUUCUCCCGUUGCUGUUUUGCUUGAACGAACCCUUUUCUUCCAUCGGACGGAGUUGGGUCAAAUAGGCUCCUGCUGAACCGACUGUCCAAACAUGAUGUUUUGCCCAAUGGUGCCUUGACAUGGACCCCCAAACCCAAAGUGUUGUUCCAGCAGCGCCAUCAACAUUUUUAAAUACCUAGCAAAACUCUCGCGUCCACAACUACUCUAUAUCUCAACGCUAUAUAAACUAUCAUAUUUUUAAAUCAAUAUAUAUCACACACACACAUCCACCGCGGCCCCACCAUACACCUCAUUUGUCCUUUUUUUUGGUACGGUACACCGGUGCAGUAGAAAAAAAGGCGUCAACUCCACGUUUGAGGUUGAAGAGGACCUACUGAAGACGAGUGCAAUAAGGCGGCGCAGUAAAUUGUUUCUGCAGUAAACUUUACAGUAGACGAGUGCGAACCUUACCUGGCUACACAAAAUCACUAAAGCUAGGUGUCAUCUCAAACGACAUUUUCACUUCAUAUCGCAUAUUCUCCCAGACUCCUCUUGCUAGCUGCACGUGGGUGCGUGUGUGUGGGAGUGGGACCGUGGGACGGUCGGAAACCAGGCACGUGGUCGUGGUCGUAGAAUCUUUACAUUUACUUAUUUAUUUAUUACCGCCGGCAGCGGUAAUCACCAAAUUUAGUUUCGUACUACUUUGUUUGCAAAUCGAUCGUGUACCGGUGUUAGCAGUAGUCUAGAAAAUGAAUUCAGUAUAGUACUAUACAAGUAGCUCAGGGUUCAGGGACCAGUAGCAAAGCUUCAAAUCGACGAGCGUGUUUGGGUUUCAGAGCCAAGAGGAUCAACGGAUCAAGCAAAACUGUCUAUUAUUCUAUCCGUAUCUCGAUCUCAUUCCCGUGCCCGGGCUGUUGAGCUGAUGCCACCUCGCUCAGCUAGCUGCCUAGCGCCACUGCCAUGGCCGCCGCCCCCGGCUGCGUGCCUCCUCCGUCGACCCGCCGCAACUAGCAACGGUCAACCAAAGCUUUUUCCCUCCUCCGUGCCAGGCUGGUAGCUUAGCUAGGAGUAGGAACGCUGGCUGCGUCGCGCACAGCUGACCUGACACCAGCACAGCACAGCAGGAACGGCCGAACGUUUAUUACAGCCCCAUUGGGAACGAAACGGCCGAGAUCCCGGCGACGUGACGUGCCAACGGAAUCCACCGGCCGGCGACUUGGUUUACACGCUUGGCCGUUUGUUUGAUCAGAGUGGGCAAUCCGGCGGGCGGCGGCUGGGGGGAUGGGCAACCGCGGUGCAGUGCAGUGC